UUGUCAGAGUGUCAGGAGAUGAUCAGCAGAGGAACGUGAGAGCUGCUGGGAGCUGAUGUCCUCAGGGCCUUUCUAAGUGUCUCCUAGUUGGUGCUUGUGGACCUUUGACAGGAAGAAGAUGUUUGUGGUGUUUGUGGUCCUCCUGCACGUGUCCCAGCAGGUCUCAGCUGUGGAGAUGUUCCAGGGGGACCAGUUCCUCCUGCUGCCCUGUGGGUUCCCCACCUUUGACCUGGAGAACCCCACAGUGGUCUGGACCCGUCAGGACCUCAGUCCUCCUACUGUCCACCAGCGUCUGCCUGAAGGAGACCAGCUGAAGGACCAGAACCAGCUCUACAGAGGCAGAACCUCCAUGAAGGCUGAUGCUCUGGACUCUGGAGACCUGAGUCUGAACCUGACCAACCUGCAGCUGUCUGACUCCGGAACCUACACCUGCUCCGUCACAGACUUCGGAGAGGAAUUGAGCCGGACCGACGUUGAACUGAAGGUCAAAGGUCAGAGGUCACUGUGUCCUUCAUGUGUCUCUUCAGAGUGUUUUCCAUCCUGGGCCAUAGCUAUCCUGGUUCUCCUGGUUCUGAUCGUCUCUGCAGGUGUUUUAUUUCAUCAUCGGCACUAUUUCAUGUCAGGUGAGUCUCUAAAUCUAUUUAUGAAUCCCUUCAUUCUCAUCCGCUUAUCCUGAGUCGGGUCGCGGGGGCAGCAGCCGAAGCAGAGGCCCAGACUUCCCUCUCCCCAGCCACUCGGGCCAGCUCCUCCGGGGGAAUCCCAAAGCGUUCCCUGGCCAGGUGAGAGACAUAGUCCCUCCACCGUGUCCUGGGUCUUCCUUUAGGCCUUCUCCCGGUUGGACGUUCCCAGAAAACCUCACCAGGGAGGCGUCCAGGAGGCAUCCUAAUCAGAUCCCAAGCUGCUUCGACUGGCUCCUCUCGAUGUGGAGGAGCAGCAAGUCUACUCCGAUUCCCUCCUGGAUUACUCAGCUUCUCACCCUACCUCUAAGGGAGAGCCCAGACACCCUGCGUAGGAAAUUAAUUUCAGCCGUGAUCUCGUUCUUUCGGUCACUACCCAAAGCUCGUGACCAUAGGUGAGGGUAGGAACGUAGAUCGACCGGUAAACCGAGAGCUUCACCUUCUGACUCAGCUCUCUCUUCACCACGACAGACCGGUACAACGCCCGCAUCACUGCAGAUGCAGCACCGAUCCGCCUAUCGAUCUCACGCUCCAGUUUUCCCUCACUCGUGAACAAGACUCCUCCACUUGGGGCAGGACCUCAUCCCUGACCUGGAGAAGGCCUUCUACC